GAAGUCAGCGUAUCCGCACUCAGUGCCCGGUCUAACUCAGGCACCCACUUUAGCUCAGCAGCUUAGUAUUAUUUACAGUUACUCUGCUGAUAUACUGCUCCCCAUUUGUUUGGAGUAAAGUGGGAGUUUGGUAAUUCUUACAUAAUGCACCUUUAAAGGUUCCAGCUUUUUUAAAAGGGUGUAAUUAGCUAAAUCAGUUUGGGAUGUCUGGACUUCAGGAGACUUAGAUUACAUCAUACAAACUGGUGCCAUUUCAUCUGGGUUUUCUUUCUUUCUUUCUUUCUUUUAAACAAUUGCCCAGUUACUUCUGUUGUUUAGGAGAAAGCUGCAACACUGUUUUGCUGUGAAACUCCAGAAAUGUUUUGUGGACUACAGAACCUCACCCAAUUUUUCAUCAGCAUGGGUGUGAGCAGUUCUUGCUGUGCUCCUCCUGCCAGAAGCAUGGGGUCAGGGCAGCAGCAGCAGGCCUGGUGUGGUGGUGGAGGCCAAGAACAUCACCCUCCCCGCAGGCUCUAAGGCGGUUCUGCCCUGCCACAGCCCCCGAAUGGUGUGGACCCGUGACGGACUGAAAGACCGUCAGAGGGUGGUGCACUGGGACCUGUUUCGCAACAGCCCAGAGUAUUCUGUGGAGCGAAUCCUGGACAUGUCCCCCGGCGCUCGCCAGAGGGUCUACAAUGGCUUCAACAAAGGACGCGUUUCUGUCCCAGAGUCUGCGUUCAAUGACGGCAACUUCUCCCUCGUCAUCAACAAUGUGGUCUCAACUGACAAAGGAGUUUAUACAUGUAAUCUGCACCAUCACUACUGCCAGAUUCACCAGUCCAUUCAAAUCCAGCUCAAUGUCACCAAGUCAGCAAAGAAAGAGAAACGUUACUGGGAUGGAGAGAAGACAGUGUUAGUGGUCUUACUGGGCAGCUCGGUGGCACUCCCCUGUGUGAACCGACGCCCCCUGUGGAGAGAGGGCCUCCAGGAGGACCAGCAGCAGGUGGCUCACUGGGACUUCCAGCCCCCUGGAGUGCGACCUGACAAGGCCGACCGCCUGGUGGACCUCUACGCCUCCGGAGAGCGGCGGGAUUACGGACCACUCUUUGCCAGCAAGAUGAGCGUGGAGGAGGACGCCUUCACCGUAGGGGACUUCUCACUGACCAUUUCUGACUUGAGGCCCGUUGAUAAGGGCCUGUACUCCUGCCACCUGCAUCACCACUAUUGCGGGCUUCAGGAAAGGCGCAUCUUCAGGCUCACUGUGGGACCUCCACUUCCCUCUGCUCCCACUACAGCACCCGAAAUAUUGCCACAUGAUGAGCCAGAGCCAAGGACUGAAGAGGUGGAGACCCCGCAUGUGGUGACUGUCAUCCUUCCUGAGCACCGAGGUUAUUUUGUGCAGCAUCUGGGCUACUUCCUGGCAACUUUCUUACUGCUGGCGUUCAUCGCCGUCGCUGUCAUCGUGCUGACCCGACGACGCAAAAAGAGAGGGCAGGAGUAUGAGCUGCGUAGAUCGGAUCGAGGGAAUGUGAUAAGUGGAGGAGAAAUGUCAUUAGACUGCACAGAGCUCAAGACCUGUAACCAGGAGCCCUUGAAUUCAGACUACAAAAACAACCUACUGAAAGAGAGAGGAAUGGCCAAAGACUGCAAUAUGGACUUUGAUGGGAAGCUGUGGAAGUGAGUGCAAUAUUUCUGAGACGCUGCUGGCAGGUUCCAGGGCAAACACCGGAAGAGUAAAGGACCCAGGAGAGGACAGGAGGAAUGCUCCCUCUGCUGUAACUCUAGCACACUAAGCUUUUUCACCAUAAGUUGUUUUUUUUACUCAUUAUUGUUUAUAUUACUUGCAUUUUCACCAGCUGUUGGAGCAUUAUAUGGUUACACAUAUAUUUUGACCCUUACUCCUUGCAUUCAUUGGUUGAUUUAUAUUGAAUAUUAGGCAUUUUUUUAUCAUCCUUUUUUUAAGAGAAAUGCAUGUUGUUUAUAAAAGUAUGUUUCAUGUGUACUUUGCAUGCUUACAGAGAAGCUCACGGCUCCUUUCUACUCUUGAAAUCUGAUCAUUUUCUCCCUCAUGGCGCAAAUUCUGCUGUACUGUUAUUUUAUAAAAGUGUUUCAUUGUGUUUCAAAGGUAAAUUUAUUGUAUGUAGACAGUUUCAGACAGUCUUUGAAAACAAGUGCCAAAAAAUUUCUAGCUUUAGAUCGUGAUACAUUUUAAACAGAUCAUGGUACUUUCCUACAACGAUGAACAAAAUCACACUUUUUGCCCAGAUUUGUAUGUGUUUUAGGUAUACAGACUGCCUCUGAAUAAUGUUUUUUUUUUUUUACCCAGAUUAACAUAUACAGUGGGAAUAGAUCUUGGUAUAGAUUAUUUAUCAGGUGACAAAUAAUGAAAUUGUAAGACCAUGGACUAAAGGCUCAGUCUGCUGAAUCUCAGGAAGAAAAAAAAUCUUUAAGCCAUUUUUUUUUUUUUUAAAUGUGCAGUACUUGUUUGCAUCAAGCAUGUACAAUGUACCAUCGUUUAUAUUACACUGAACUGCCAUUUCUAAAUCUGCUGGUCAAUGCUCACUGCAGGUAGAAGAGCAUCUACUGUCUCAGUAAUGCUAAAUUACAAACUGUAAUGACCCCGUUUUGUUUUUUUUGUUUUUUUUCUCUUUGUCUCUUGCUCACUUGUGCAAACUCUAAUGGGAAAUAUUUGUUUUAUUAAAGAUUCGCAACAGUGGCCACAGACUCAUCAAUCACUAUCUGUUCAUUUGUUUUUUUGGAUGCAAAGGGAGCUAUGAUAUGACCCCAUCAUGAAUCAGUAGAGGGAUUACACGUAUGAGUGAAGGAACAUCUGAACUAAAUAAUGAAUUGUUUUAACUCGUAGAGAGACAAGGGAUGACGAGGCACUGCAGGCUCUGCUUUAAGAAUUAACAAUGUGUUCUUAUCUAAUAAAGGUGCAUUUCAUCAUGCAAUGUUGUAACCAGCUGUUCAGCCCAGGGCUUCCACCUAUUUUUACUCCUGGGUUGAUAAUACACAUCCAGUGAUAAUAAAGCAGUAAAAAUCA